AUGGAUGGACUCGCACUGUCUUACCAGGUCCCGUUCCCUCUCUUCCCUCGAGGGCAGGAGAGUCGUGCAAUGAUAGACAAAUGGACAACACGGACCGACACUAACGAACUGGGGAAGUUGGGAACUUCCUCAGAGGACGAACUCUUGGCCUCCAGCCAAGAGACGGUUGAUGGCAAAGCUGUGGGCCACAGCACGCCAUCAACCCUAAAUCAACCAUCCACAUCCGCUGAUGCCAAGGGGCAAAAGCGCCAAAACGCUAAAAAAGGCCCGUCCAGGUAUAAGCUUUACCAGAGGUCUCUGACUAUUCUCGGAAGAAUAAGAAAAAAUGAGGCCGAAGGGAAAACUCAUCCAAAGGACGCGGCCGAUAAGGCAAGGUGCCAAAAGGUGGUCGAUGAGUACCUGGCGUUCCAGGCCACCCAGAAGGCAGAAGCCGUGAAACGCAAUCGUUCGCAGGACGAAAGCGACAAACCAACGAAGAAGCACAAAGUGUCGGUUCACACAGCUUCAAUACUAAAACCAACCAAACGCUCAUUUAAUGAGGUGGCACGGGAUCACCUGCAAAUAGCGCUGGUUGACGAAAUAACUAACCGCGGUAAACCUGCAUCGGAUAAGUGGUCCGAAAUCGAGGCACGGCUGUCCCGCAUUGUCGUCGAUCACGUCAUGGCAAACCCGGAGGGUCAUGUGCCAGGAUUUGAUUCAAUGGAGGUGGUCCGCGGAUACAGGGUGAUCAAGUGCGAUGAUCAACUCUCCCUUAACUUCCUGCAAACAGUUGUGGGCAAAAUCCAGAGCGACUGGGAAGGUUUGAGGCUCAAACUAAUCCCGGCCAGCGAAAUCCCUCGACGGCCGAGGGCUCGCAUCUGGAUUCCGAACAUGGAAUUCGAAGCUAAGCAACUUAUUCCAUACCUGCAGGCACACAACCGCACUGUUCCGAUGAAUGACUGGAGCAUCAUCAAAGCGGAGGCUCCGCAAAAGAACAGUGUGUCCUUCCUUCUCCAAAUAUCGGAGGAGGGCAUCGAGCCACUGGGAAAAGUGGACAAUAAACUUCGGUUCGGCGUCAGGAAAACGCAACUGAAGAUAUUCCGAUCUGCAAAUCCGGAGGAUGAACAGGACGAGGUGGACGGCGCCAACGUGUUGCUCACAGGCAUGCAACUUGACGACGCCGCAUCUACCAAAAACGAUGGCGCUAAUGAGCAGCACCCGGGAGAUGUGACGGCUGUGGAGGUAGAAGCCGCUGACGGUGUCGGCAUCAUAUUGGCUUCCAUCUACAUGGCACAUGAUCGGCCAGCACCACCCGAGGAGGCUCGUCGGCUCGUGCGUGAAGCCAGAAACAAGAACCUGCUGCUCGGAUGCGAUGCCAACGCGAGGCAUGCGUUGUGGGGAAGCUCCGAGACAAACGACCGAGCGUUAAGUUAA